CUUAUCCCUAGCAACAUGACAUCCGCCUUGGCCAAAAUCGAGGACUUUCCCGCCGAUCCCGUGGAGUUUUUUAAGGAGAUCCUACAGGCAGCAGCCAAAGAACAUCCGGAGGGAUUCAUACAGGAGAUGAAUCUAGCCACACUGGACGAGGAAUAUGGAGUGCUCAAUCGAACCGUUUUGUAUCGAGGUCUCACCCCGGAUAACUUUGUGUUCUACAUAACGCAUCGGUAUACCCGCAACUUCAAGAACCUCCAAGCCAAUCCCAAAGUCUGCAUUACCUUCUAUAUGCCGGAAGUCAAGGAUAAAACCGGAAAGGGUAGUUCCUGGCAGGUGCGUCUGAUUGGAGCCACAGCCGUCGAGCUUCCCGACAGCGAAAUGGAUGCCCUAUGGGCCAAAGAGAAUUUGGCGGCCCAAAUCAGGGGUCACAUCUGCCCCUGCGGAGUGCCCGUGAAUUACGAUGAACUCAAGGCGAAACACGAUCUAUUCCUGAAGGAACAUAGUGGCAAACCCAUCGAAAGGCCGAAAACCUAUACCGCUUGGAAAUUCCAGCCGCAGCGAUGGGACUUUCUGAAAGUGGGUAUAAAUGAAAUUGCCGAUCGCGUGCAGUAUCGCCUGCAAAGCGACGGAAAAUGGGAGUCCAUGCAUGUAGCCACCUAAAUAAAUGAAAACCC